CAACUUCCCCACUUGCGUGUUUUGUUGUUGUAUUUUGAGUUUGUGUUAUAAAUCAAAACAAAAAUCUAUAAAAAUAAUUUAAUUGGAAAAAAUGAGUUCGAUGGAAGAUGAAAACGAUAAUUCCUCCGAUUCUUCCAACGACGAUGAAGAAAUUGAAAAGGAACUUAUCAACAAAGCUAGUAAACUGGAAGCACAAUUAACAACAAAUAAAUAUUUGUAUGAUGUCCACGUCGAAAUAAUUAAUAUAUACAGAAAAUUGGCAGACUUAAAUUCGAUGAGAGAAGCUUAUCAACGAUUUCACGAAUGUUUUCCAUUGACCCCAAAAUUGUGGUUAGAAUGGAUUAGAGAUGAAAUUAAAAUAGCAAAUACAAAAGAUGAACAGCAGAGGAUCCUGGAGCUCUUUGAAAAAGCAGUAGACGAUUAUCUCUCUGUAGAUGUUUGGUUAGAAUAUGUUCAGUAUUCAAUUGGGGUGACUAAUUUAGAAACGACACGUGUCAUCUUAGAAAAAGGUUUAACAUCUGCUGGUCUGCAUGUCAGCAAAGGAUCCCUCCUUUGGGACAACCUUCGAGAAAUCGAAAAUGCUCAUAUUUCCUUUCAUGAAAAAGAUUCUAAUGAUUGGAUUAAUCAAGUCAAAAGAGUGGCAGAAGUUUUUAAAAGACAACUGUCUGUACCACUGUUAAAUAUGGAAAAUACUUAUGAAGAAUGGACAGAAUGGUUUAAGACAUUACCAGAUGGUUUAAUAGAUUCAAAAUAUGUUGAUUGGGGAUACAAAAAAGCCUUGCAGGUGUUGGAAAGCUAUAAACCAUUCGAGGAUCAACUUUUAUCUGCAGAAGAAACAGAAUUAUUCACCAUAUAUAAGGAGUACAUAAAAAUAGUCAAAGAUCCAUUAACUGUUCUUUGUCUAUAUGAACGAGCUGUGGUUGAUUUGUGUUUAUCUCCUAACUUAUGGGAAGAUUAUAUUAACUUUUCAUUUAAAAUGGAGGAAGCAGUGUUAAAGGUUACAAAGAAAGCUUUAAGAAACUGUCCUUGGAGUGAAGAAUUGUGGAUUGCUAGGUUAAGGGCUUUGGAAAAUUAUAAAAAAGAAGAGAAUGACAUUGUUAAUUGUUUUGAAGAAGGUUUAACCAGCCUUAACUUACCACCUUUGAAUUUUUGGUUCUGCUUUUUGGAAUAUUAUCAUAGAAACUCUAAAGACAAAUCAAAAAUAGACAAACUAUUUCACAAAGCUUUGCAACAAAUUGAACCAGAUCACGAUCAAACUUUUAAAUUAAGACGCUGGUACGCUCGCUUAAUAGCUAAAAACGGAGAUAUUUCACAAUCCAGAAAAAUUUGGAAAUAUAUUAUUUCUAAUCCAAUUAUUAAAGGUUCCGCCAAUGCUUGGUUAGAAUACGCGAAUUUAGAAAGACAAUAUGGGGAAAUAAAUCAAGUUAGAAACAUUUACAAACAAGCUUUAACUUCUUGCAAAGAUUGGGCGCGAUACAUCGCUGAGGAAUGGAUGAUGUUUGAAAGAGAAGUUGGUUCGUUAGAAAACGUUAUGAAAUGCGAAAGUAGGUGUAAAGAAAUAAUUAAAAGUAUCCCGCAAGGAACUAAUUUCAACAAUGAAUCGUUCAGCGAUAAAAGAGAAAAACCAAUACGGAAUCAAAAACGGAAACAAGACGAUAACGAGGAUUUUAAUUUUAAAAAAUUGAAAGUAUCGCGAGAUAAUGAAAGAAAAAUAGAUACUACUCCUAAAAUCAUUGAAAAAGAUCCCAAAACUACAGUGUUUGUCAGUAAUUUACAUCCUAAAGUUACAGAAAAAGAUUUAAAAGAACUUUUCAGUAACGCCACUAAUAUCAGCAUAGUUUUCGAUAGAAAAGGGAAAUCGCGUUGUUUUGGAUACAUCCAGUUUUCCAAAGAAGAAGAAGCUAUGACAGCACUAUCCAGAGACAGAACCCCCAUCGAUGGUCGACCAGUUUUUAUUUCAGAACUCAAAUCCGAAAAAGGAGAUAAAAAAAAAGAAUUCAAAUAUUCCACGACGAUUGAAGAAAACAAACUCUUCGUAAAAUUCCUCCCUUUAACCAAAACAAAGGAAGAAAUCGAGAAAAUCUUCAAACCCUACAACCCGCUAGACAUAAGAAUGGUGUUUAAAAAAAACGGCCAAUCCAAGGGCAUCGCUUUCGUCGAAUUCAACACCAAAGAGGAGGCCCGAAAGGCUUUGGAAUUGGAUUCUACGAAGAUCGACGAUUGCGAGCUGUCGGUAUCGAUAAGCGCACCGCCACAAAAGAGAAUCGGCGAUAACGAAGAGCAACAAAAUGAGCCGAUUCGGCAUGCUAGAAGCAGAUUGCAAGUGCCUUUGAUGGUUCCGAGGACGUUACAAGUCAAAAGUAUUCCUGAUAAACAGAAGAAUGAUGGAAAUUCCGCGGGUCUCAAAAGUAAUGCGGAUUUUAGGAAUAUGUUUCUCAAGAAAUAAAAGUAUUUUUUCUAUUUACAGAGUUAAUUUUAUUGUUAAGUAGUUCAGAUAAAUAAAUAUCCGAU